AUGUCUGGGCAUUGGAGCAAGCAUCAGUCUUGGGACCGACCCUCUGACAAUUGGGGUUCUCAAGGGUGGCAUGGUCGUUCUCAAGAAUAUUCUUGGGCACCUUCCGGUAAUGUUCAUGAAGUGCCCCACCCAGAAGUUGUCAUUCCUCCAAAUUGGAAUCAGACACCUACCCAUUUUGACGACACAGUUGUGUAUGGCCACCGAUUUCACAGAACUGUACGGCCUACGGCUUGGUCUCGCAAGCGCGGCCUGGCCGGCACAAAUCCUUUAACAGUGCCAAUUGGCCUUUUGACUCGUCAUGGGGCCGCUGAGUUUGCCCUCCGGGCUCUUAGCGGAGGGCGGUUCAUGGGUGUGGUGCCCACCCGAUCAAUUCCGGAGUCCGUUUUCCUGUCUCAGUUGGUGAAAGCCAUGAGAGAUGCAGCGUUUGAUCUCGAUGCCAUAGCUGAAAGCAUGCAUCGAAAAAACAAUCCUUCUAGCGCAGUUCCUAACAAAGUUGACAAACCUGCUGAGUUUAUGCAACCUCUUGUUCAGCUUUUGGUUGAUCAAAUUGCGUCAGUUGCGCCUGCAAAACAGGACACAGCUGCCAUGCGUCAACUUCAGGAAGUUCAGACCCAGCUGCAUGCUGCUCAGGCUAAGCUCCGCCAAGCUGGAGUGUCCUUAACACCGGAUCGACACCGCCGCGCGGCGACAGAUGCAAAUGCCGGCCCUGUUGUGCCUCCUGGUUCUGUUUCUGGUCCCCCUGCUGUUGUUCUCAUGGUCUGUUAA